CCUGAAAAGGACGACAAAGGCACUACAUCACCGAUUUACUCAAGGUUUUCUUCUUCUCUAGCGCUCGUUAGGUUCUAAUUGGCAAACCAAUUGCGAUUCGUUUAGCUGCCAUUGGUAACAGUAUCACCUAUUUAGAUUUUGUAAUAUGUCUGACGUUGAAACAAAGGGUUGCACCGAAGUACAUGCCCACAACGACACUGAUCAGACACAACAGCAGUGUGAUAAUCAAGCUGCAGCGGCCGAACGCAACACGCCCUCUAAUAACUCAACAGUUCCUGUCGUCCAAAGCACGUGUUACGACGUCAGCCCUAAUGAUAGCCAACGAUCUGGUCAGGCUGCGGACACGCUAGCUGAUAGGGCGUCGUUUAGUUCCGAUGAAUGCGCCAGCACGUCAAGCGAUUCGAAAUCUGCGCAAAAGCGAAAAGGCACCGAUAGCUUAGCGCACAGCUCCGCUAGCCAAGCGGUACUUGGUUAUGGGUUGCCAAAGGAGCGUAAGCUUAAGGACUUAGGUAGCAGUGCGUCUGCAAUGUCAACUUCCAGGAGCGCAAUAGACCAAUUGUCGGGUUUGUCCAAUUCCAGUCCUAACACAUGCGGUGUAGCCGAGUCAGGUCGAAAGAAGCUCGUUUCCUGCCUAAAGAAGAAAUCUUCAGAUGCUAAUAAGAUUCAGGCAAACAAAAAAGAAGUUCAAUUUGACAAAACAACAGUUUACUAUUUCGAACGAGCACAAGGUUUUACCAGCGUUCCGAUUCAAGGCGGUUCAACUCUUGGCAUGAGUUAUACCCAUCUGGAUGUUGAAGAGCGCAGCUUUCAAGACGCCGAUGACUGUCCGACCAAGCCAUUUUCAGGCGACGGAGCGGAGUCGAUAGCAGCGAAUUCAGUGCCAUACCCAAUACCGAGCCAGCAGCGCCGCGAGCUAUUACGAAACUCAGGCGUGGAACAUAUCGAUCCAAACGAAUACGUCGAAUGUGAGAAAAUUCGAGCGUCUCGCGAACGAUGCGGCUGCAAGUGCCCGGUCCGUUGCGAUCCGUCAUCGUGCCUCUGCAUAAUGGAAAACAUUCCGUGCCAGGCGGACACCUCGGGAAUUGCGUGUAUAUGCAGCCGGGAUGAGUGCCAAAAUCCCAACGGCCGAAGCGAUUUUGACGCGAUAGCAGUACGUUUUCACGUCGCACGAACUUGCGUCCGAGCCAACCGCGAGCUAGAUCUGCAUAGCGAGCAUUCACGGGAUCCGCCGCAAGGCUGGGCCAACCUCUCAUUUUGUGGAGAAAACAAUAAACCUUGAACACUUCUACAACGACAAUUUUUCAUCCGAUGAAGUUGUCCGUGGUGAGCUUCGCGAACUCACAUUGAACGCGUCAGACAGUCGUCAAAUACACGUAAAUUCGACUAGUAAUAGUCUCGAAAAAAAUUGCAAAGAUAACAACAGACCGUAUGAACAAUAACAGAGUCCUUAUCAAAGAGAAGGGCUGUUGUGUACUUUCACAAAAUACGGUCUGCCUUCAGGUCGUCGGUUAGCCAUGGGCCUCAGAAUCCACAGCUAUGCAAACUCCGUACACCAAUAAACCAGUGUAAACAAAAGAUUGACUCUCCUUUAACUACUGAAUACCCGUCAUUAGUUAAAGUGCAUCUCGUAUAUGGAGC